UGAUAUUUGACGAUCUUUUCACUUCGAUAAGUCAAGGAACACAUUGACUUCAAGAGCACGAGUUAUGUAAAAGUUGUAGUAAUUGUAAUUUAUAAGAUUAAUUGAAAGUAAUUUUUUUAGAGAACUAUUGACUUCGAGAAUUUAUAUCCAACUGGACUUGUAAUAUGAUCUAUGAAACUGGAAACCCAUAGGUUCGACUAUGGAUAAAUGCCUUCAUGUUGAAAAGCUCCCUUUGGAUCUUCUUCCUUGAGUUAAUGGUAUGUUUAGCAAGUUACUUAUCUAGGAAUCAACCUAAUUUGAAGUAACUAAGCUUCCGGCUUCUAUAGGUUUCAGCUAAGGGAACCCAGCCCAUCUUUUACGAACUGUGAGGAUUCUGAACCCUUAAUCAUCCAAGACUGCUUUUGUGAAUUCUCUCAUCCAUUAUGAUCUCUAUAUUGUUCCAACGGUGGAAACCAUUCUUUAUUAUAGUGGCCCUUUUCAUUGGAAAUUAUUCCUCAUUUUAAACGGAUAAAUAGUUUGAGACGUUCAUAAUACCAAACAGUUAUGAAAGAUUAAAAAGAAAAUGAAGGAUGACGAGGAAAAGAUCCCAAUGUCAAAGUGUUGACUAUCAGUAUAAACAGAAACCUCGUAUUGAAACACCCUCCAAUGGACGACUCAUACAUACUAUUAGCCAGCCAGCGAUUUUUCAUCCUGACCAAUAUACCUUUUCUACUCCUCUGCUUUAGUAAUUGUCGAGACUGCUGCAGCAAGCUUUUAGAGCACAACUCAAAUGUCAAUCAGAAUCAUCCAGGCAUCCAACUAUCCGUUAUAGAUGAAAAAGAACUAGAAUAUACCAUUUACAGAUUUCCUUGAAAAGAUAUAGAAUAUUAAACUCGAAACCGUUCCCAGUAUUGCUUUCAUAUGUGUUGAACAUGGCCAUCUCCAGUAGCUUACCUUCCCUUCUCUUGAAUUUUAAAUCUAAGUUCCUAUAUCUAUACUGCUGUGAUUAGUGAAUAUUGGGAUUCAUGCAAAGAUAUUUAUUUUUGCUGUAUCGGUCGAAUUAAUGUCAGGCACAUACUUUCCUUUGCAUACUACAUUGGACCAAGAUGGACUCAAAAAUAGCUUAGCUCAAAAUUUACAGCCUCCUUGGAAGCGAUAUGAUUGUGUCGAUAUACAAUACGAGCGUCAAAACCUUCAGUCUACGAAAGGUUUGAAUUUUUUUCAAGCGUUGAAAUGGUCGCCAAGUGGUGGAAGCAUAGUAGUGUUGACAGAGAAUCAAAAAUUGACGCAUUGGCCAAUUUCAACAACAAAGACUGAUACGAAUGAGCCAUCAUUGACGUUUGAUAACAGUGGAAAAAAUGCCAUUACCCCUUCAGAGUGUAUUUACAGUUUUACAUGGCAUCCCUCUCGAAAUAAUCAGAAGCUGGAUUCUGAUUUGAUUGCAUUCUCCACGAGAGAUUAUCCUAUUCAAAUUUAUAGUCUUUCAAAACAGCAAAGAGUUUCGUCGUUUUACGUUGUUGACCACUGUGAACGAUUCAUUGGUUCUCACUGCAUGGACUUCAGCCCAGAUGGUGAGUAUUUAAUAGCUGGCGGAACAAAUAACUUUUAUUUAUUCAAUGUUCAUCUAGGCCAAAAGUCUCCUGUUUCUACAACACCAACAAGUGGACAUGAGAUCCCUAUGUGGGAACCCACACUCGACGGAGUUCAAUCUAGCAUAUGUCUUAAUCCUCAAGAUCCUCGAACGAUGGCUUUGGGAACCUUCAAUAAUACAGUUGGGAUUUAUGACAUUCAUAGGAGCAGGCCAUGUCAGCUUAAGUUUUCGUUGGCGAACGGUACCGGGGUUACGCAUAUGAGAUGGUCUUCAGACGGGUACGGGCUGUAUGUAGGAAGUCGUAGAAGCACUCAAAUUGAAGUUUGGGAUAUUCGAUAUGCUCAGGAUAUGCUAUACGAGAUAAAAGGUCAUAAUGGCGAUACGAAUCAAAGAAUUGUUUUUGAUACUUUGGGGCACGAAGGACUUGUAAGUGGAGGAACAGAUGGCUGUGUUUCAAUCUGGAAAGGUUCACAACUUGUUGAAAAGGAAAACGUAACAAAUCAAAGAAACAUAACAGUAGCAGCUGUUGAAAAGCACCCUUUUGAUUCCUCUUUGUUCGCCUUGUGUUAUGGACGAAGAUGUGAUAUUAUGGAUGAUGAGGACGGAUUUUCUUCGAUAGAGUACUGGGAAACUCCAUUCUCUUCCCUUCAACUUUUGGGAAUGGAGAAUGGUUUAGCUUAAACGGGGACCAUUUUGUAUAACAUCGAUUUCUUUUAUUUUAAUUCAAUUUAAAUAAAUAUGGAGGGUUGAAUAAAGUUUUAAAGCACAAUGUAAUUUUAAGACUCAUCAUUGAUUCC